CAGGGCUUUGAUUUAAAUAAAAGUAAGAUUCGUGCGCGUUCUGUUAGAAGGUAAAACAUGCCUGAAAUAUUGAACUCAGGAACAUAAUUUCCCCUUAGUGUUUUGCCUCGGGGGAAUGGAUUAAAUCAGUGCCACACUCCACAAGACUGAUAAUUAGCUUAGCCUCCUAAUUAUCAAAAACCUCGGCUUUCUUGGAAGAAAGUAACUCGUGUGACUCUUCCAGAAUGAAGUUUUGCGGUUGUCAGGGCGACCGACCCCAGUUGCUAUGAAGUGUGCCAGUAAAAUCUCUGCAGUCUUUUGACAAUCAUGCCAUCUAUAAUAUAAGGAACUUCAUCCAAAGAGAUCUCUUCCUUAAAACUAAAGACUGACUGAGUUCCCCUGAGCUGUACCUCUGGACUGUUACCGACCUAUGUACUGACAGGACCUGCAAUCACUCUGUAGCCAUGACUUUAAAAGUGGGACAAUGACUCUGCAGUGACAGUGAGGUCACUGUAGAGCCAGAUCAACAAGAAAAGAUGCAGGCCGUUACUGUGCCUGGCCGAUACAGUAACUGAGGUUAAAGCUGAGACCUGAGCAAGGCCGCAAUUAGCUGAUUGGUGAAUGGAGACAAGAAAAAACACCAAAGCAGGGGUUGUUUUCUGGACCCCCGCCCCGGUCCGCACCUCACCAACCAGUUCUGUAAUAUCUGAGGAUGUGUGGAAGGAUGAGGAGGAAGAACCGGCAGAGAACGAUGAUGACUUUGUUAGCCAGAUGGAUGACAAUGGCAUCAUUGGACUAUCGGAAGCACUGGAGGAUGUGGAGUUGGGGGAAUCUUGUAGUGAUUCAGAUGCAGAAUGCAAUCCAAACUUUCACCCUGGACCCCUCACUCCAGAGGACGCAGACCCUAGUAGGCAUGAGAGGGAUACACCCGAUGAGCUGAGUUACAACCUGAGUGAACAUCUGUCCCACACCGAAUCACCAGGAGAGGAUGCACAAAUGCUGUCACCAUUUGAAGACUUGACUGGUAGCUUAAAAGCACGGACAGUGGAUGAGGAGGUGAGGCAGAGGAAAGACGAGCAGGGGACAGAGUGCGUCCCUGAGUGGGACAAAUACUUGGAAGGAGAGGAAGCAGGGAAGAGGAUUGACCCGAAGAGAAAGAAAAAUAACAACAUUGGAACAUCAAGAGAGCUUGGAACUACGAAUGAUUUGGCUGAGAGCUAUAUUGCCAAAGGAGAUAUUGAGAAGAUCAGCUCUACGUUAUCUUGUGGUGCUCGCCUUUUAGCCGUGGAACCCGCUACAGUCUCCAAUCAUCACUGCCAAAUAUCCCAGCCUGCCUCACCUGCCACAGCCCUCACUUUUCCCCUCCUUCGCCACUUCACUGCUGAGGAACUAGCGGCUGCUCCAGGGAUUGACGCCGAAACCUUUCCAGAGAUAAGCUUGACAGAAAGUCAUCCAGAAUCACACAGGAGCCAAACAAGCCUCAAGUCUAGUCCUCAUCCUGAUGUUAAGCUCAGGGCUUCUCUUCAGCCUGUGGCCAUGUUUUCUGAAGAAGUUAUGUCCAAUCCUGACAGCGGAGUAAGUUAUGAGCCUAUAAAGGCAUCAGAUAAGUCAAAUAAGUCUCAUAAACAGCCUACUCCCUUACCAAGGAAGAUUAGGCAGCUCUCUCCUGAAGAAACACAUUCAAGGACGCGUUCCCUCAGCACAGCCAAGGCAGAAUCCUUAAAAUUCAAACAAAAGAACCCAAAUCCUGACAGAGAGCCGAAGACACCCAUAGCCAGGAAUAACGCAGCUGAAGUGAAUGAAUCCAGAAAAGAGCCUCUAAGUUACCGCAUACCAGACUUUUCCCAGGUGGAGCCCAGGGUCCGUUUCCCCAAAGGUGGUUACAAGCCCCCCAAGAGCAAACACUCUUUCAAGAGGGAGUCCCAGUCACCUGAGCCCCCCUUCCUGUUUAAAUCCCCUGCUGACAUUGUGAAAGAAGUCCUACUGAACACCACUGAUAGAUCUCCUGCCUCAUCUGACUCUUACAAACCACCAACCAGUGCCCCCAACUCCACUGUGCCUCAGGAGUUCAGAGGCCACCAGCAGGCCACCACACUACUCGACCAACUACAGGAGGACUACAACAGACUGCUGACUAAGUACGCUGAGGCAGAAAACACCAUUGAUCGCCUGCGUCUGGAAGCCAAGGACAGAUCUAUAGAGAACCCACAGCCCAGGCCCAGACAUUGUCAGCACAUCACAGGCAGAGCAGUGAACCUGUACUCUGACCCACCAAAGCCCGGCUACUUGCAGUCAGGACCGAACCAGAACACUUUAAAGUUCAUGAUGCUGGAUUUUCCCCAGGCUCAGAGAGCAGAGAACAACUCGGCCUCUCUUCAUCCAAACGGACACAGCACUCAUCAGAGAAGUCCAUUGGUCUGUCCUUCCACAAGAAGCCCAGACCAGCAGGUGGGACAGCAACUGGCCAACAUUCUCUACAAUCAGGCCGACAAGUUCCUCCAUCAGCUGCAGACUUUCGAGGGUCUCUUAAAGGGCAAAAAACUCAAACCUUUUGAACAGAUGAAGGGCCUCUCGCAGCUUGCUGAGGGGCUCGACUCUUUAGAAAGGGGCUACCUGUUGGCAAGGGACGAGCACAAACUCCUGCUGCAGCGAGGGGCAGAAAUUGGCCACUUUGACCCCGAACGGGAGCUGGAAGGGCUGAUCUUUCAGUGUGGGCUGCGUAUGGAGGAUCUGAAGGAGCAGGUGGAACAGAUGCAACAGGAGCAGCCCACCUGUGAGGCUCCUCCCUCUCCACCUCCUUACCCCACCCCUUCAUCUGUCCCCUCUGAGGGGGGAGAAAUUCUGACUUACCCACAGAGCCCACCUGUGCCUUUGCUGGUCGAUCCAGGAAAGGCUGCAGCGGGGGAGGUGAGCUCAGCCAGUGAAGAAGAGGAAACUCUGAAUUCUCUCUACCUCAAACCUCUGAAUAACAAACACAGACAUGCUGAACAAGACUUUGCCACACUAAUGGAUCACUACCAAAGCUUUAAGGAACUUCCCAAACUUUUAGACCAUAACCAGAGGUCCGCCUUAAGAAGUGAUCUGCAGGCUGGGGAUGAGGAGAAAGAGAGACAGGGUCACAGAACUGGAAACUUGGAAGUCCAGAAAGGUGUUCCACAGAGAAAAGCCAAAUCCUACUAUCAGGACCCUCCUGUUCUCACCAGUUGUCCUUCAUGCAGGGCCUCCAGCCAGUCCACCACGCUCCCCGUUCAUCCUCACAGAGGCAGAAGGACGUUAGAGGUGGGAAAGUCCCACAGCAGCAGUCUGAGCAGUCUGGGAGAGAUUACUUCAUUGGAAAAGAGGAACUGCAGCAGAGUGCUCUCUCAGGACGGGAUCAUCUCUCCGGAGACGGACAGCGGGUUUGUCUGUUCGGAGAGCAGCCGUCUGACUCCGGCAGCAGCAGCUCAUCUCCACCAGAGGGCUUCAGAGAGUGUUUCAGUGUCUCAGGAGGGGAACCCAGGGAAGCCUCAGAUAGGGCCAGUCUCAGCACCGUCUCCUGCUUCUGCACCAUCACGCAGCCGCAUGUCUACGGAGCCCAGAAGGGCCUCCCAGCUCAGCCACGACAUGCUGAGGAGAACCAGACAGGGGCAGAGGAGACGCACUUUCUCCUGCUCUCCACAGCGCCGCGUCGGUCAGACAGAACAAACCAGGGCCGACAGCGGAACCAGUGAGUUUGGGCUGGAGAGCGACAGCUCUCACACUGCAUCUGCAGACAGACAGAAUGACCAGUACACGGAAUCUGUCAAUUCCCUCUACAACUCCAGCCCAAGCUCCUCCCCCGUUGCACGGAAUCACCAUGGCGAUUCUCUCAAAGCACUGAGCUCUAGUCAGUCGGCCAAUCGCAAUGAUGCAUUCCAGACGCUGCAGGGCGAGGUGCGGAGACUGAGGGAGAGACUAGAAAGCUGUCUGAGAAAUAAGAAGCCUCUGAGCUCUGCGAGAGCAGCUCCUUUGGCUCACGAGUACUACACUCACCACAGCACCUCCACACCUCGCAUCAGGUCUGGGGAGCAAUGGAGUGAUGUCAGACGGACGGUCGAUGAGGUUGAAGAGUCUACAAUGAGACAAACAAUCAGGAAGAGACCGCUUUCUGCACACAGACGAAAAUCUCAACCUGAUAUCUUGACCGGUUCAGAGCCCUCUACACCUCAGCAUCUGGUGUCCAAGUGUACUCAAACAUCUGCUGCAGCAUCAGACAACCACUGUUCGCACACAAAUGCUGUCCAAGGCAGAACAAACCCCAGGCAGCAUACCGGUGUGUCUGAAACAGCAGAUGAAUUUGACAGCAGAGCGCGUCCAGCUCCUCUUUGUCCUCAGUGUUUGUCACACCACCGAGGGCGAUCUGAAAUGCCAGUUGGUGGUGACGGAGAGCCAACCCACUCCUCUUGCUAUCAUAACUGUUCUCUCUUUGGACGCCCUGAACCCUACAGAAGCAAUACGCCAGACUGUCACAGAGUCUCGGACUCCCCCACGCACACAAGUCGCCAACCAGUCGACAGAGCUGCGAGGAGCAGAUACUUUGCAGCUGCAGCUCCUCCUACACUGCUGCAAUACAUGCCAGUGUGCCAGCCACCACUCCUGUUGUACUCAUCGCCCCUCUACGUGUCUCCUAGCAACAGCACUGGCACCUCAGGGGUCAGGGGUCACAGAGAGGUGAGGGGGAGGACAAGACGCUCCCUGUCGGUAGACAAGCGGCGCUCCGUGGACACGUCUCUGAACAGAGCCAUCAGAGCAGCUCGGCACAUGAAGCGCACCUCUGGACACAUGGCUCGCUCGCUGGCUACGGGAGCGCACUACCAGCAGCUCCUCACUUAGUCCUGCAGCUAGACAGGCAGCUCUACCAGCAGCUCCUCACUUAGUCCUGCAGCUAGACAGGCAGCUUUACCAGCAGCUCCUCACUUAGUCCUGCAGCUAGACAGGCAGCUUUACCAGCAGCUCCUCACUUAGUCCUGCAGCUAGACAGGCAGCUCUACCAGCAGCUCCUCACUUAGUCCUGCAGCUAGACAGGCAGCUCAGACAGCAGGGGCUGAGGGGAGGGAAUGCAUGACCAGGUGAAUAAAAAAUCUAAACUCCUUCUCUUCUUGUAACUUUUCUUUGCAUCCUACAUUUGGAGAAGAAGCUGAUACUGGAGCUUUGUUUACGGCAUUAAAAAUGUUUUUAUUUUAUGGCAACGUUUAAGUCUCAGGUGGCAAAACAUGAAUUUGUUUCUUCUUCGUUUCUUGUCAUGAAAAGAAUUUCAAAAGAUGUGCUGGCAUACAUUGAAAUGACACUUUCUAAACUGACGUAGUACUGUAGAUCAGUUUGAUAACACAGUUGUUGAUCAUGAUUUUCAAACCCAUGGAGAAAUUACAAUAGGACAAGUUACAGCUGUCUUGAUAUGACAGUUGUAGUGAGGUAAUACUCAGUUGUUUUGAGCUAUUUAUUGAUAAUGUGACUGUACAUUAAUUAUGUAUUUUUUUUAAAUCUUUUCUAGUUUGUAGAAAUGUAAGUAUUUCAGUGUUUUUAGUUGCAGUAUAAGUGUUUUUCCUUUCCUGAUAAAGUAGCCUGCUACUCUGUAAAUGAACUGCACUCCUGUUGUGACGGAGUCGGUUGUGGAUAGUCGUACAAGAGACCUCCUCCGCGGAUCUAUUUUCUGAAUGGUCAACGUCGACCAGAGAUGCCGGAUAUCCUCAAAAUUAGCUUCUAUGUUGUCACAAGUUAUUUUGUAUGUAUAAACUACACACUUUAAAUUGUGCAGUUUGAGAAUGAAAUUUCGUACAGUAUUUUUAUAAGCUUGCAAGUUUAACUUAAGUUAAAGUCCAACUGUGUACUGUGACUGACCAGCUUUAUGUGGAUCAAACAUUCACACACCAGCACUGUAAAGGCUUUUAACAUAAAGAGAGAACUAUACAAUUGUUACAGAUUAUUUUAUGGAUUGUAUUCUCACAUUGAAAUUGUUUUCUAUGCCAUAAAACUGUGAAUACUGUUUUUUGUUCAUAUUAAUUUUUUUUUUACCAUUAUUUUUCCAACUGUAGGUCUAAAAAAUAUUUUGCAGGGAAUCUUUUCAGUGGUCCCAAAGGAGCCAAAUAAAGGUGAAAAAUAAAA